AGGCUCAGUGAUAGCACACCCUCAGCCCCAUCCCUGGCUUCAGACUGGCUGGCUUCUCAGCCCAAGUCCCCUCCUUUAAUUUGGACUCAAUGUGCCUCAAGCUAGACCCAGGCCUUGCCCUCUCUCUAGGGUCACAUUUGCAUGAACAUAAACCCAACACACGACUCCCCACUUCAGUCCAGGAAGUCACUGCCCCCAAAGCCUACUUGGGAAACACCACUAGAAACCCAGUUGGUGGCCCAAGGCCCAUCUUUCACACCCCAGCCAUUCCAGGGCCCCACAUGCCCCCCAAAACAGGGGUCCUUUACUGGGAGCCAGUAUGGAGAUGACAGGCCCACACCUUCCAAACUGAUUUUCCUGCUGUUUGUCUCACCCCUGAUUAUCUAACAAACUCCCUGAGGAAAAAGCCCUAAUUCUAGCUAAGCUGUUCCAGCCACUUCCACUCCCAGGAGGGCAGGGGCAGAGGCUGGACAAAGAUAUGCCUCGAUUUUCCUGGUGCCUCCCCUGAGACCAGUUGUGCCCAUAUCCUCCAUCAAUUUACAACAGGAGAAUCCCAGGUUUGAGGACAGAGCAUGAGUUCCAGGGAUAAAAAUGACCAGAGUAAAUGCUGGGUCAAGGUCAGUUGAGGGCAGGGAAGGAGUGUGGAGCCUUGGCCUCGUCCUGGGGGCACAAAAACGACCUCUACUCUAAGCUCUGUGCCUUCAAGGUCUGACACCAGUCCCCACAGAGUGAAGAGUCUAUGUGGACAUGGGGAUGUGUCUGCCCAGAGGCUGCUCUUCCCAUUCUAGUCCACGCUGUGGUAACUGACCCCAAACUUAACCCUUGUGUCCCCAAGGCCAUACCUUUCACCAGCCUCUUGCACGCAAGAUCCAAGGAGUGGCUGUUGUUAGGGUGUAGAGGGCACGGCGGUCAAGACGUCCUCGCGCAUGAGCAGGAAACUCCUCAGUGCUAGUAGAGAUGGGAUGGGGAGAAAAGCAGGCUGGGAUGGGGUGGGCUGUCCCCACGUGGCCUGUGUGGCAAGACUCUGAGGACAGAAGAAAUUCUAAAUUGGAACCUGAUGCCCCAGAUCUUUACAACUUUUUAUAAAGGAAGGCAAUGAACGUUUAAUCAGUUUCUCAAGCUGAUUUAAAACUUAAAAAAAUUCAGACACAGGAUGUGUGCCUCCAGCCAUCCUUUUUAGUGGCUCUCAAAUGUUAAAGACAGGCAGAACCUGUGUUUCAGGAGGCGCGUCCCAUCCAGGGCUGGACUGGAGGCAGGCUGGUGAGGAGGCUGCGGCUUCGCAGUGCGCGCCUGUCCCACGGGAGAUGGCCCCAGGGGCACCCACAUUGCUGUUGCUGUUGCUGCUGUCACUAUCCAGUGUCCUGCCCUGCGCUGCCAGCUGUCCGGCUGCCUGCCGCUGCUACAGCGCCACAGUGGAGUGCGGUGCCCUGCAGCUCCACGUCAUCCCGCCUGGGAUCCCGCCCGGGACACAGACACUGUUCCUGCAGGACAACUGCAUCGCGCACCUGGAGCCUGGUGUCUUGACGCCUCUGGCCUCCUUGCGCCAUCUCUACCUGCACAACAACAGCCUGCGCGCUCUGGAGCCAGGUGCCUUCCGCGCGCAGUCGCGCCUGCUGGAGCUGGCGCUCACCAGCAACGGGCUGCGAGGCUUGCGUGUAGGCGCUUUUGCUGGUCUGGCCCAACUGCGUGUACUCUACCUAGCCGGUAACCAGCUGGUGCAGCUGCUGGAUUUCACCUUCCUACACCUGCAGGCCCCUUUCCCUGAUGAUCUACUGUCCCUGCUUCAGCGACUGCAGGAGCUGCACCUGCAGGAAAACAGCAUUGAGCUGCUGGAGGACCAGGCCCUGGCCGGGCUCUCUUCGCUGGCCCUGCUGGACCUCAGCAGGAACCAGCUGGGCACCAUCAGCCGAGAGGCCCUGCAGCCCCUAGCCAGCCUGCAGGUCCUACGCCUCACAGAGAACCCAUGGCGCUGUGACUGUGCCCUGCACUGGCUGGGAGUCUGGAUCAAAGAGGGGGGCCAGCGGCUGCUCAGCUCCAGGGACAGGAAGAUCAUGUGUGCAGAGCCUCCCCGCCUGGCACUUCAGAGUCUCCUGGACGUGUCUGGCAGUAGCCUCAUCUGCAUCCCACCCACUGUGCACGUGGAGCCGCUGGAGGUGACAGCCAACCUGGGUGAGGACCUAAGGGUUGCCUGCCAGGCUUCUGGCUACCCGCAGCCCCUCGUGACCUGGAGAAAGGUGGCACAGCCUCGCGAGGGGCCGCCGCCGGCCCAAGCCCAACCAGAAGGUGGGGUGCCGGUCCCAGGCGGGCCCGGGGCCUCUGACACGGGCAGCGGCAUGCUUUUCCUCACCAACAUCACCCUGGCCCACGCCGGCAAGUACGAGUGCGAGGCCUCCAACGCCGGCGGCGCCGCCCGCGUGCCCUUCCAGCUCCUGGUCAACCUGUCCCGGCAGCAGCAGCUGGCGCCCGCGCCGCCCCCGGCCGCCGGCCCCAUCAGCCACGAGCCCCUGCCCGAAGCAGGCAGCAUGGCCUUCCGUGCCCUGAGCCUGGCCACGCAGACGGUUAUCGCGGCGGCCAUUGCGCUCCUGGCGCUCACGGUGCUGCUGCUGGCGACCAUGAUCUGCCGCCGGCGACGCAGGCGCAAAAAAGCGCCAGGGCCGCCGGGGGAGGGCGCUCUCUUCGUCAACGACUACUCUGACGGGCCCUACACCUUCGCGCAGCUCGAGGAGCUGCGCGACGAGCGGGGCCACGAGAUGUUCGUCAUCGACCGCUCCAAGCCGCUCUUCGCCGAGGGCCCAGCGGAGACGACCGAGAGCACGGAACCCGGACCCACACAAGGGCUCCCACUGCAGCCGCCCGCCGCCUACGAGAUCCACUGCUGAGGGGCGGUCGGGCGCGCGCUGAUGACGUAGGCCCCGCGGAUUGGCUGGCCCGCAGCUCACCAUGCGCAUGCUCCAACACGGUCAGUAAAGGCUGGAAAGCUGCGCAGUGUGCUGCGAGACUUGUGUGGCGUCCGGGGCGCGGAGAGAGACUCAAGCACCUAAGGACCCCGGCUCCGCAGUCGGAAGUCCUGGUGCGCGAAAGGAGGGUGGUAGGGUAGGCUGCCAACGCCCCGACUGAAGCCCUCCAGAAAAAUCCCCCCCCCCCCAAAAUCACCCGACCUCCAGUCCCGCCGCCUACUGGAGGAGCCUGGACCACCGCGAGGUGGGCGGGGUGGACUGUGGGGAAGCCUAGGGAAGGGGAGGGGCAGCGGGCCUGAGGGCUUGGUAUUCAGUGGCCAUGCUAGGGGUGCAGCAGAGAAGGAGACAAGUCACCCUAAUCAAUUAAGACAG